UAAUACUCGUACGCGCCGCCGCUGCGUAUACGCUCGUACUCGUUCUUUCUCAUCACGUUGGAUCCUGAUGUCAGACGCCCUGCCGACACCCAGCGAGCCUGCCGACUCGCCGGAGGGAAGCGACGGUGUGGCACGCCGGCCGUCUCCAGAAGAAGGAUCUGCACGGGGCGCUGAGAACAAGGCAAUCAAGAGGCGAGCGCAUCGCAAGUCACGAUUCGGAUGCAAGAACUGCAAACUUCGACGGAUCAAGUGCGAUGAGCGGAAACCGGAAUGUUUAAAUUGCAGAAACCGACAGGUCCGCUGUGACUAUCUGCCCUCCUCCCAGGCGGCGGUGACAACAGCAGCACCAAGCCCUGCAGAGGCAGUAGUAGCGCCCAGUCUGUUCGGGGCACUCAAUGUCGAAGAUUUAGAGCUCAUGUACCACUGGACAACGUCUACCAGCGCUACACUUUCUUCCCAGACCAGUGGCGCCAUCUUCUGGCGCACGCAGGUGACCGAGCUCGCGCUUUCACACCACCAUAUCCUUCAUCUAAUCCUGUCCAUCACAGCAAGCCAUCUCGCACGCUUUCGACCGCAACGUCGCGACGAAUAUGUUGCGCUGGCUGACCAUCACUACGCCACUGCACUUCCCGUGGUGACAGCCGAACUAUCACAUCUGCACCAAGACAACUGUGAUCCGGUUCUUCUCUCCGUACAGCUCAUUUGCACCUUCACCUGGGCACGAGGGCCACAGCCCGGGGAGUAUCUCGCCUUUGGAGAAAAGGGACGUUCAGAUUGGCUUGUAAUGUUCCGCGGCAUCCGCACCACGUUGGAAACAGUGGGUUACGACAACUUCACGCGCUCUAUGGCACCCAAUAUCCGUGCGCAUGCUAAACCGCUUCCCAAUGUCGCCGGCACGCUGGCUUACGAAGAGCCGCUUGCUGAGCUGAGCGAUUACAUUCAAUAUGCCAGCAAACCAGCCCAGCUUUCUCAAAAUGUCUAUGCGCAUCAAGUGUUGCUCGAAUGUUAUUCCAACCGUUACGGCGGCGUGGAUGGCGAGUAUCACAUCGUAUUUGCGUGGCUAUUCCGCAUGCACGAGGAGUUCUUGGAGGCACUGCAAAGACAUCAGACCGUACCGCUCGUCAUAUACGCGCACUUUGCGGUACUAAUGAAUGACAUGGAGAGCUUCUGGUACAUGAAAGGCUGGACAACGCACGUACUUGCGGGUAUCUGGAACAUACUAAGGGACGAAGAUAGGGUGCACAUCCGAUGGCCGGUGUCAGUGGUUGGUUGGAUACCUCCGUGAGACUGUCUUGCGAAUACCAAGUCCCUUUGCCGCCAUCGUCAUACUCCAAAAUGGAGCAUUAAAUGUUUCCGGACAAAUCAGUACAAAGAAUCGCCAACAUCUAUCUCAGCAUAAAGUGAUACAACAACAUUGGGAAAGAAGCAUACUUGAAUGGACAGAUGCCCCUUGUCGUCAAAACGAAGGUUGUCGUAUGGUGCUUUCUGGCGUUGAGCAAGAGUGUAAGCACGUCAUACAAUAGUUGUACUGACAACGAUCUCAUUGCCUAUUGUCCUUGAACAUGAGUCAAUGCGACCAGGAUAUCGUUCUUCUGUACAUUAUGGCACUCUGCACCCGUCGGUAUUGGUAAAUUCCUAAAACAUUGCUUUGAUGCAAAUG